GAGUCAAGUGUUACAGAUGUCUCUGUGUGUGUGUAUGUGUGUGUGUGUGUGAGCUGAAGGUCCAGUGUGUGUCGAGCCGUCUGUUAUAUCAGGAUGAAUGUGUGUGCUCUCCUGCUGUGUGUGCUGCUGUCUGCCUCCAGCUGCUCAGCUGACAAAGCAGGAGUGACUCUUCAGCCCUGGUUGGUGGGUCUGACAGCUGUUGUCGGUUUCCUCUUCAUCGUCUUCACCAUCCUGAUCGUUCACAGACUCCUUAGGAAGAAGAGGGUGGAGCAAGAGGGCUGGGGUUAUGACAACAAGGCUCACGAUGUGGACGAAGAUGAGAAUAAACAAACCAUUCUGUAGGAACUGACGCACCUGUCAGCUGUUUCCCACUGCUUUGUGACAGCUGAUAAUAAUGUCUCUGUUGAUCUUUGGUUGCUUCUUUUAGAGAUGGAAAAAGAAGAAAAAAAAUUGUUAUUUGCUUUUCAUUUUUAAAUACAGAAAAUACAAUA